AUCAUGGUUUACAACCACAAGUAAAUGUGAUACAUUAGUCAACAACAUGUCAGAGGCAUUCAACAGUGUUAUGCUGCAUACAAGGUCCAAGCCAAUAAUAAGCAUGAUGGAGGACAUCCGGAUUUACAUCAUGAAAAGAUGGGCAAGUAACAGAACAAAAUGUCAGACAUUGAGUGGGGUCAUUUGUCCUAAAAUCAAGAGUAGACUAAAUAAGGAGUCCCAGUUAACUAAGUUCUGGAUUCCAAGUUGGUCAGCAGAGAAGUUAUUUGAAGUCCGUCAUGCCUCUCAAGUUGGGGAGAAGGUCGUGGUUGAUCUAGACAAACAUGAAUGCAGUUGCAGGAAAUGGGCUGUCUCAGGAAUUCCAUGUUGUCAUGCGUUGGCUGCUGUGAAGUUUCUCAACUUAGAUGCAGAGGACUUCAUACCUGGUUGGUUUAGGAAGGCCACAUAUGAAGAGACAUACUCUUCAAUUGUCUACCCGUUAAAUGGAAAAAACUUGUGGCAGGUUACACCAUACAGCGAUGUAUUCCCUCCAAAAAAGAGAGCAUUGCCAGGCAGACCAAAGAAGAAACGCAGGUUGGAAGAAUGGGAGUUGGUCAGGGAUGAAACAAGAAUGAGGAAGGGUGGCCAUCGUAAAAGAUGUGGAAAUUGUGGAGAAAUGGGUCACAAUAGGAAGUCUUGCAAGCAAUCAACCCAAGCAUCAACUGUCACUGACCAAACACAACAAACUGACCCAAUCAUACCAUCAGCAAAUCAGGAUCAAGCAUAGAAUUCCAAUGUCUUUAUUUCUGUAAUAGACGAAUGAACCACCUUAUUUUUGUAAUCAGCACUUUAGUAGUUGCUGCUGUGAUUGUGAUAUUUCUGCACUUUAUGUAUUCAGAACUAUUUUAUUGUAAUAGAGGAUGAACUUAAAUAAUUUUGCUAGCUUUUUGCCACCUUUAAUAUAUUGCUGGAUUUCUGGAUUUGGUUAUAUAUCUGCCAUCUUUAAUCUAUGUUGAGCAUAUGUCUUGCACCAUUCAAGUUAGCAUCCAUAAUUCUCAAAAAGCUUAGUGCAGUUGAGUAAUUCUGGGUUCACUCAUUGAUUUCAACGUUAUUUCUGGAAUGAAAUUGUGAUUUCUGUUUUGUCCAGUUUUCU